GAACCAUUGUCUCGGGGUGAACAGGCUGAACCGCUGUCUCGGGGUUGACGGGCUUAGCCUGUUUACCAGAAGAAAUCCCUGGGCUCCAAAAAUCCACAGUUUACAAAAAAAAUACAAAGCACUAGGCACCGAAACCUAAUCGUAGAAUCAGGGCUGAUAAGAACGAGAUAAUCUGCACACAGACGGAACCUAACCAGAAAGGCAGCCGCUGGCGACGGAAGAAGAAUCUACAGUAACUCUUCUGAAACGGUAAGCCUUUAGGAAUGUGUCUUCCGGCUGAACUAAAGCCCCACUUGUCAACACAUACACUCGGCCACCAGCUCGGCUCCAAUGAAUAGUACGUUAGGAUGGCAGGAGCAUGACCCUGGGCCAACGUGCACCUGCGCUCCAACGUUCCUGAAAGGCGACGAACCGACGUGGGUAUCUGGCAGUUAGUUAGCCAGAUGCAUCACGGCUCGGCACAAGUUUGGGGGGCAAAAUGCGCGCACCUCCCGGCCUGCCCGAAAUACAAAUUCGUCUGAACGCCAGCCGACACGCAGACGAGAGAACGACUUGGACGCACCCCCAUCGUCAGUAUGACGCGCCAUGGACCUCCACACGCGUCGUAAGACCCUUCCGAGCCAACGCGGUGGGCCGGCAGGGCCGCUGAGAAGCCACCUCCUGCACGCACACUCCCACGGGCCCUUGGGCAUCUGCUGUACAAAGAGCAGAAGGAAGUGGACAAGCUCUCAAAACCAUAUCGGAGCCCCACCUUCCACGGGACUCUAGAAGGUCCCUCGGGGGAGUGAUGCGCGUGUCUGCGACGAGCGCGAGA